GGCAGCAGAGCAAACAUGAGCGGGGGAGGAGCGGGCGGCAACUCGAGGGAGCUCGACCAGACGCCGACAUGGGCCGUCGCCUCCGUCUGCGGCGUCAUCGUCCUCAUCUCCAUCCUCCUCGAGAUGGGCCUCCACAAAGUCGGAGAGUGGUUCGCGCACAGGAAGAAGAAGGCCAUGGUGGAAGCCCUUGAGAAGGUCAAGGCAGAACUGAUGGUGCUGGGGUUCAUAUCGCUGCUGCUGGUGUUCGGGCAAAGCUACAUCAUAAAGAUUUGCAUCUCCGAGGCUGCCGCCGACACCAUGCUCCCAUGCCGCCUCAAGAAGGCCACCGUCGAGGUCGAGAUCGCCAAGGACGGCGGCCACGGCGCCCCCGCGGGCGGCGCCAAGGAGGACCACGGCGCUAAGCAGCCGGAGGAGCAUUUCAGCCUCGGCACCCAUCCCUUCACCGCUACCUCCUUCAGCGUCCCCAACAGGAUGCUCAGCGAGGCCACCUCCUUCGGCGUCCCCCACAGAAUGCUCAGUGAGGCCAACAUGAACACCAAAUGCCCCCCGGGGAAGGUGUCCCUCAUAUCGAUAAACGCUCUGCACCAGCUGCACAUCUUCAUCUUCUUCCUGGCCGUGUUCCAUGUCUGCUACAGUGCCACCACCAUGGCACUCGGCAGGGCCAAGAUACGAGGAUGGAAAGAGUGGGAAAAAGAAGCAGCGGGCCAAGAUGAAGAAGUCACCAACGAUCCGUCGCAGUUCAGGUUUACGCACGAGACAUCGUUCGUCAGGCAGCACAUGAACGUCCUCAACAAGACCCCGGCCUCGUUUUACAUCAGCAACUUCUUCAGGCAGUUCUUCAGGUCGGUCCGGAGGGCCGACUACUGCGCGUUGCGCCACAGCUUCGUCAACGUUCAUUUGGCUCCUGGCAGCAAGUUUGAUUUCCAGAAGUACAUCAAGCGGUCCCUCGAGGACGAUUUCAAGGUCAUCGUCGGGAUCAGCCCUAUUCUGUGGGCGUCUGCACUCAUCUUCCUGCUCGUCAACAUCAACGGGAUGCACACCAUGCUCUGGAUAUCCAUCAUGCCGCUGGUGAUCAUCCUGUCGGUGGGCACGAAGCUGCAGGGGAUCAUCUGCCGGAUGGCGAUCGACAUCACGGAGCGGCACGCGGUGAUCCAGGGGAUCCCGCUGGUGCAGGUCAGCGACAGCUACUUCUGGUUCAGCCGCCCCACCUUCGUCCUCUUCCUCAUCCACUUCACGCUCUUCCAGAACGGCUUCCAGAUCAUCUACUUCCUCUGGAUCCUCUACGAGUACGGGAUGGACUCGUGCUUCAACGACUCCACGAAGCUCGUCGUCGCGCGGCUCUGCCUCGGGGCGGUGGUGCAGGUGCUGUGCAGCUACGUGACGCUGCCGCUCUACGCGCUGGUGUCGCAGAUGGGGUCCACCAUGAAGCAGUCCAUCUUCGACGACCAGACCUCCAAGGCGCUCAAGAGCUGGCGCGCCGGCGUCAAGAAGAAGCCGGCGGCCCAUUCCAAGCACGGCGGGUCGCCCUCGGGGAGCCCGCACGCCGGCAGCCCCAAGGCCACCGACGAAGGCAGCACCGGCGUCGCGCUCACGCAGAAGCAAGGCCAGGGCGACGACGGCGCGCCAUGAUCCAGCGGACUGUGGGGCCCAUGCAUGCAUGCAUGCAUGCAUGGUCCAUUCGAGUACGCUGUUUGAUUCUUUGUACCAGUAUACACGUAGUAGCAGCAAGCAAGCAAACACGUCUAUACAUGUGUGUCAGUGUAUAUGUAUAUGCAUCUGUGCAUAGCUUACGUAGGAGGACAUGCAGGAAGGGAGGAGUUGCAUCUUUUUUCUUGUUAUUAUUCUUGGACAAUUUAAUUUAACUAGGGCCGGUGUUGUUGUAUUCAUGUCAACUAAUCAUUUGCUAACUUGAAAGGUGUAAUUGCAGUUCAAACAGAUAUGAAUGACGUUGUGUCCGGACU